GCCAAGAUGUCCACGCACACCGGACGGGUCUCCGUGGCGGCGACGAUCCUGCCGACGAUAGUGGCGGUGACGACGCUCCUCCUCGUAGCAACAGCCGUUCCGCCCAGCCGGGCCGCACCCAGUGGCCAGGGUUGUACGUGCGGGAUCCGGAGCGCCCAGAACUCGACCAUCUACCCGGGCGUGGCGAUCGAGCCGGGCGAGUGGCCCUGGCACACGCUGAUCUACUACUGGGCCCCGGGUUCGCGGCUCAACCCACCGGCCCGCAUCUGUGAGGGGGCCCUGCUCAGCGAGCGGUUCGUCCUGGCCGCGGCCCACUGUCUGACGCGGGGGCCGGGGCGGGAACUCCUGCCGACCGAGCAGCUCGUCGUGCACGUCGGGGCGGUGUCGGUGCAGCAGGACAACGACCACUCGCGCCGGUUCCAGGUGCGCAACGUCACCGUGGAGGACGAGUCCGACCUGGCGCUGAUCGAGCUGGUGGUGGUGACGUCACCGAAACUAGUCGACGAUCUCGGUCUGGGCUCCGACUCGGACUCCGACAGCAGCGGAGGCGGCCCAGCGGUGGAUCCCGUGCCGGUGCCGGCCGGCAAUCGGUGGCAACCGAUGCCGGUCUGUCUGGUCGACGCGCUUGAUCUGACGACCCUCUACGGCACCGAGAUGUACAUCCUGAACCAGAGCCAGCGCAAACGGCUCGGAGGCUACGAGCCGGUCCGGCUCGUCCUGGACGAGUUUCUGCUCUGCUCGGGUUCGACGCUCGCACUGAAGUCCCGGUCAAUUAACAGCACCACCGUGUCGUUCACCAUCAAAGGACUCGCCUCUCGGCUCCUUACAGAUCUCAACCUGCCCAGCAACGACCGGGGGACGGCACUCUACUUCAAGCACCGAGGGACCUGGGCCCUGCUCGGGUUCACCGUGUCCCGCGCCAGCCGCCAGUGGACGCCCGGCUCCGUCUGUCUGCCCACCGACAUCAUUUCGUUCGACAUCCUCUACCCGGCCCUGCACUGGGUGAUGGACGCGCUGGACUACGGCGACGCGAACAGCUAGGAGGCUAAGAGUGCUCGCACUGUUGUGCCAUUGUUUUCGCUUUUACGCGGGGUUGCAAACAAUAAAAUAAGUGACAGGGACACCUGA